AUGUUAUUAAUAAGUUCUGUCCCCAUCCAGACCAGGCGUUUUGUGACGCUGGCCACCAAUGACAGCUAUGCCAGGGGAGCCAUGGUGCUGGGCAAGUCCCUGAGGAACCACAAGACAACCAGGAAGCUGGUGGUGAUGAUCGGACCCCACGUCUCUGACCCCCUGCAAAGAGGUGCUUCCAAGAUCUUUGACGAGGUGCUGCUGGUGGAUGUGUUGGACAGCGGAGACAGAGCUCACCUGGCCCUGAUGAAGAGACCGGACCUGGGAGUCACCUUCACCAAGCUACACUGCUGGACUCUUACCCACUACUCCAAAUGUGUCUUCAUGGACGCGGACACAAUGGUGGUACAGAACGUGGAUGAGUUGUUUGACAGAGAGGAGCUGUCUGCGGCCCCGGACCCCGGCUGGCCAGACUGUUUCAACUCUGGCGUGUUCGUGUUCCGGCCCUCCAACGAGACGUACGGCAAACUGCUCAAGUACUGCACAGAACACGGCAGCUUCGACGGUGGGGACCAGGGGGUGUUGAAUGGCUACUUCAGUAACUGGGCAACAGCAGAUAUAUCCAAACACCUCCCUUUCAUCUACAACCUCAGCAGCAUCGCAAUCUACACCUACCUUCCAGCAUUCAAACAAUACGGUGGCAACGCCAAGGUGGUCCACUUCCUGGGUCAGACCAAGCCGUGGAGCUACACGUUCGACCCCGAGACCAAGCGGAUCAGCGGGGACAUGCAGGAGGCCUCCACACACCCCACCUUCCUCCUGGACUGGUGGAUGCUCUACUCUUCCUCUGUGGUGCCCAUGAUGACGGAGGGAUACGGAGAGCAGCCCUUCCACUCUGGCUGUGUGGAAGUGAGUCUAGAAGGGAGCAGCGCGUCACAGGACCCCCAUCACACUGAGCCGUACGUGUCACCACAGGCAUCCGAGGAACGCAAGCAGAAAUGGGAACAGGGCCAGGCGGACUACAUGGGAAUGGACUCGUUUGACAAUAUCCAGAAAAAGCUUGACGCUUUUCUCAAAUAGAGGGAAAUAAAGGUCUACAGGGGAUCAGUUAGUUUGACAGAUUCAGUUUAGUUGUUCUGAGUUAGUGUGUCACUACCCAGCUCUAAGGAUUACAACAAUUGUUUUACAGUGGGUAACAUUCUGACAUCGUUGGCAGAGCGCUUAAACUAUGUAAUACUGGUAUAGGAUGUUUAGUCUGUCACGUACUGUAAAGAUUACCACACUGUGAAGGAUGAAUUUAUCGACACAAUCGUGAUUUAUAACAAUACUUUUUUUUAUUGCUGUAUUUGUGAACAGAAUAGAAAACACAAUAAAAUAUAGCCUUUAUUCACA